CAGACCGGCACGUAUGCGGCCAGCGUCUGCCUUGCAACAUAUGCGGUUCCACUUACAUUUUAGCUUCAAAUUUUUUGCAAAAGCGAAUUGAGAAGAGGAGCUAAUAUCAUUAUUGCACACGGAAAUGAACAUGGCAGCAUGCCUUCCGCAGAUCAGCCUGGUGUUUGUGGUGCUGUCUGUCUUCUCCCAGGCAGCUGAAGGGAAGAAGGACGAGAUGCUGUACUGUUCUGCUUGCAGGGCAAUUGCAGAUGAACUGAAUUAUUCGAUCAGCAAAGUGGACCCAAAGAAGACCAUACAUGUGGGAAGCUUUAGACUUAAUCCUGAUGGGAGCCUGAAUGACAAAAAGGUUCCUCUUGCUAGGUCAGAGACUCACUUAACUGAACUGCUGGAAGAUGUUUGUGAUAAGAUGAAUGAUUAUGCUCUCCAUGUGGACCCAGACACCAAAGAAAAGAGCUAUAAACGAUUUGCUCCAAGGAGUAAUGACAACAGUGAUUUUCCAGAUUUUAAAAAUUUUAAGUUUGAUGGUCCAGAAGGUUCCAAUUCCCUGAAAUUUGCUUGUGAAAACAUUGUGGAAGAGUAUGAAGAUGACAUUAUUUCACUCUUUACCCAAGAGACAGACCAUGUGGCUGAAAAGCUGUGCAGUGAAAUAUCAGGUCAUUGUAAAGGGACUGUGUUUUCACAUGGUGAGCUGUAGUUUUAUAUGGACCUCUGUUGAAGAUGAAGAAAUGACCAAAAGAAAAUGACAAAGA